ACCCAAAACAGUGAAGUGUCAGUGCAUGACUGCAGCGUCAAUGUAGCAGGUCUCUCUGCACAGCUCUACUAAAACACAGUGCUUUCCUCUGCCAUUGACAAACCAUGACUCCGUCAUAGCCCUCUCCUGUAAUGGGAAUGGAAACACACUAGUUCAAGGAGUGAAAUAAAGCUUUCCACUGCCAUCAUGGGAAAUGUAAUAAAAGGCCAAGUAACUGAGAAUCGCAAUGCGACGAACCGCACUGACGCCUCGUUGAAAGCUACAGAUGAUGAGACUUUGGUGGUCAUUUCCGACUACCCACGCCGAGACGUAAGCGAGCCAAUGUUUAGAAUCGGUGAGAAACUCAAGGUUCUGGCUCAGGAAUCCUGUUGGUGGAGAGUUCGCUCGUUGCAAACUGGAACUGAGAACUACAUCCCGAAUAAUCAUGUGGCAAAGGUCUAUCAUGGAUGGCUGUUCGAAGGAGUGGGGAGGCAAAAAGCAGAGGAGCUGCUACAAUUACCCGGCAACACUGUAGGCUCUUUUCUCAUCAGAGAAAGUCCGGGUCAGCGAGGUGUGUAUUCUCUAUCUGUGAGACACAGAUCCAUUAAGCAUUAUAAGAUCUUGCGUCUGGAUAACAGCUGGUACUACAUCUCUCCCCGUCUCACCUUCCAGUGCUUAGAGGACAUGGUCAACCACUACUCAGACUCUUCAGAUGGAAUCUGCUGCAUUCUCACAGCCCCAUGUUUGGCUCUAAACAGCACUGCCCCAAGUUCAGUCACACAAGCACCCCCUGUGGUGAUGCGCCGCAACUUUAAUUGGAGAAAAGUGGACAGCUCUCAGCUGCUGAACAGUGAGAAUCAUGGCAGUGUGGACAGUAGGAGCAACAUGGUGAGCUACGGGGUGAGAAGCAGCAUCGCUGCCUAUCUGUCCAUCGCCGAGGAAGAACAAAAAAAAACCACACGCAACAAGAAGGGCUGGACCGUCUAUGGGGUGCCUCAGAACAGCUAUAUGCACGGAGAAGACACCGAUUAGGAGAUUUUUCUAUUUACCUUUGCAGUACAGAAAAAUUACUGAAGGAACUGGUGGAUUUUUCUUCAGACAAUAUGAGCAAUAACAUUCUGUGAUUCUGAACCUUCCAGAUGAUCGUAUUUCUUUUAUAUUGAGACGCAAGGAAGAUGAUUAUUGAAUGUCAUCGACUUUAUUUCAAUGGCACUUUAUUUGAAAUGGGAGACACAACAGCGGUUUACAAAUCUAGAUUAUUCUAAAUUUGCUUCGCGUGUACUUUUUCAAGCAGGUUUUUCUUUCUUUUUCCUGUUUACGGUUUUCUGUUGUUCUUUUUUAAUGCUGAAUUGCAGUGGAGGAACUUUACUGCACCUUUGUCCAGACAAACACCAGCACAAACCGAAUGCUAAGCACUUCUUAGCGUGUCUUGGCUGAUUGCCUGGUGUUGUAAAACCUAAUGGUUUGUUGAUUAAACACAUGAGUACUUACAAUUACUUUAGAUUUAUUUUAUUCUAAUAUUUCUAAAUAAAAAAAGAUUUGCCAUUAAAUCCAA